UCCCAAUUAUUGUGACAAGAGAUUGAACACUUGGCCAUCACUAUCCCUAUCAAGUGCAACUCUAAUCACCACCACUACAUCAACAACCAAAUUGGUUAAUCAAACAUAUUAUAAUUUAUUAAGGUUAAAGAAAAUGAAUACUUCGUACAUUUCAAAAAAAAAAAAAAAGUUACGCAAACUAAAAAGGAAAAUUAUAACCGACGUUUGAAUUUUGGUUAAAAAAAAUAAAAAUUCCCCCUUUUCAACCACUCAAAUUCCGCAUUAGUUAAUUCCGAUUCUCUCUCUUCCACUGAUCUAAAACUCCGCCGAUUCGCCAUCGCCAUCAAAAUCUAACCUUCAAACACUCCAUUUAUUUGGCCUCAUCUCUGUUCAACAACUUCCUUUCAAUAUCCAAUUUGAUUUUAGAGUGAUCUGUAAGGGUGAAUUUAGGAAGAAUGACAGAGGAUGGGGGAGAAAAGCCAUUGAAGAAGAUUGCUGAAGCAUUCAAUGAUCUUGCAACCACUGUUAAUUCCCAGGACUCUGAUCUUAAAGUUGCCCCAUUUUCCCAUGCUUGUUCCCUUGUCUCACCGUUGUUUGGUUGUUUGGGGAUAGCUUUUAAGUUUGCAGGGAUAGACUAUGUUGCCAAGGUUAAUGAUCUUGUUGAGGCCUCAAACUCGAUUACUACAUUACAAGUAUUGAUUGAUCAAGAUAUUCAGGCAAAAACAGUGCGAAAACAAGGCAGCCAUACUAGAAAUCUUUUGAAAGUGAAGCGUGGGCUAGAUAUGGUUAAAGUACUUUUUGAGCAAAUUAUUGCAACUGAGGGAAAUUCUUUGAAGGAUGCCGCUUCUAAUUCGUACACCCAAGUCUUUGCUCCAUAUCAUGGAUGGGCUAUUAGAAAAGCUGUUGGUGCAGGGAUGUAUGCGUUGCCUUCUAGGCCGCAGUUGAUGAAGAAGCUGAAUGAGGAUGAGGACUCUGCCCGCAUCCAAAUGCAAAGCUACAUUACUUCUUCGGAUGCUGUGAUUGGAUACAUUGACAAGUUGUUCCUCUCGAAAGAACUAGGCAUAGAUUGGUGAAUUGUUGGAGGAAUUCAUUGUAUGGCUUAGAAACAAUAGACUGUAAUAUGCUCUUAGUAUUUACUAUGUUUAUUUAUUGUUUAUUACGACCGUGUAAAUAAGCGUAAGCUGAGUAUUCUCAUUCAAGCUGGUAGGACUAAUGAGGGUUGCUAUAGGCCUUUGCGACUCAUUAAUGCUCGCUUGCAAUAAAUGUUGCCAAAUGGCCAUAGAUGACCCUAUUAUCUUCCUUGACAACUCGAGCCCUUUUCAAGCUCUUGUCAUUGGAUAAAAAAAAAAAAAAUGAUAACAGUAGACUUUUGAACCAAAA